AAUCAGUGACCGCCCUUCCGGCACCAACAAUUUUCCCACGGCGGACCCGGCUGUCGAGAUCCUCCAAGAUGUCCAGUUCCUAUAGUCCCUCGUGAGUGAGCUGCCCAAAGACCUGCGGGAUUUUCUCAAGGACAUCGAAUCAAGGCUCAAUUUCUUAGAGAGCGGCCGAGCUGCGCUCUUGCCAUCGGAAACAUCAGGGCUCAUUUCCUCAGGUCCUCAAUCAGAAAAAUGCGCUGUGCCACUGGCUCCACAGGCGACGGAAACUGCCUUAUUUGUCAGUCUCCUUCCCCCUUUUCCUCGCCCCCCAGCAACCUCACCCUUGAACAAACGUGUCGCGCCAACUCCAGUACCACCGUCUUCUUCCUCAUAGAAUCUCUCCUGCCUCCCCACGUCUCUUAUCUUCCCCGUUGCAUCGACCCCUCCCCCUCCCACUCGACCCAAAGCAUAGUGCCCGACUGCAGUUCCCUCACCGAUGAGGCAUUCCAAUGCCAGAUGUUUGGGCAAGUUGUUCUCGGAGCCAUUUCCACAACCAUGGAUCUCUCAACCGGGCCGUCUUCGGCCCCAGGUGGUACUUCGGCGUUCGCAUCCGCAGCCGAGCUAUUUUGCCUAAUUGACCUCGGAACGGGACCGGAACAGGGCCCCAAGCCUUUGGGCGAUGCACAGAUCAAUGGAUUUGAUAUCUAUGUACCGCAGAUGCGGGAGGGGGUGGAAGGGGCACCUGGGGAUGCAUUAGUGAGGAACGAGUGGUUCGAGGUGUUUUAUCGCGGAGUUAAGGACAAGGAUGGUUGAAAAAGGGUAUUUGUCCGGCAGUGUGCCAUGCAGAGUGGAUCCUGCUGUCGAAAUGAAAAUAAACACCACAUUGGAUGUGGUGUAUUACCAGGAGGAGCGCUAAGACCAUUAGACCAGCACUAUAAGCAGAUGUGAAAGCAGCUAUCAUCGUCUUACAUUUAGUAUCACUGUUGUUCCAUAUCUGACACAGAACUAAUUAGGAGUUCGAGAUCAAUCAUCAAACAUGUGACCAUCCAAGGAGGUACAAUAUUGAUAGCAUUAAUAGUAAGAAUUCAUACUAUCCACUGAAGGCACUAAGAACCCAUAACUCGAAUUAUUCUCUCCAAUUAAAUUAAUC